AGGGAACCGGGAUCAGCCAGGGGCCAGCAUGAGCCGGAGGGAGGGAAGUCUGGACCCCCAGGCUGACUCCUCAGUCUCACUCCUUCCCCACUUGGAGGCCAAGAUCCGUCAGACACACAGCCUUGCCCACCUCCUCACCAAAUACGCUGAGCAGCUGCUCCAGGAAUAUGUGCAGCACCAGGGAGACCCCUUCGGGCUGCCAGGCUUCGCGCCACCGCGGCUGCCGGUGGCCGGCCUGGGCGCCCCGGCACCGAGCCACGCGGGGCUACCGCUGCCCGAGCGACUGCGGCUGGACGCGGCCGCGCUGGCCGCGCUGCCCCCGCUGCUCGACGCCGUGCGCCGCCGCCAGGCGGAGCUGAACCCCCGCGCGCCGCGCCUGCUGCGGCACCUGGAGGACGCGGCGCGCCAGGCCCGGGCCCUCGGCGCCGCCCUGGAGACCGUGCUGGCCGCGCUGGGCGCCGCCGUCCGCGGGCCCCGGCCUGAGCCCCCCGCCGCCGCCGCCGCCGCCGCGGGGGUCUUCCCGGCCAAGGUGCUGGGGCUCCGCGUGUGCGGCCUCUACCGCGAGUGGGUGAGCCGCACCGAGGGCGACCUGAGCCAGCUGGUGCCCGGGGGCCCGGCCUGAGCGCGCGGCGCGGGGCGCAGCUCGCGCUGUCGCCUCCCGUCCGCCUGUCUGUCUGCGCUCCUCUCUCUCAUCUCCGUCGGUGUGGCCUGCUCCCCGGCUGUCUCCGUUGCUCGUCCCCGACCUCUUUGCUUUGCGUGCCCUCUUUCCUUCUCUCUGGACCUCCUCGUCUCCGUAGGUGAUUUCCAAGCGUCUGCCAUCCUCUUACUUUUCCUUUCUCUACCUCCAUCCUUGGGCCGGCCCUGGUCUCUUUUGGUCUCGCCUUUCCCCAGCUCCAGGAGGCCUCUCUGUCUCUCUCCUUCCCCCUCUCUUGUCUCCCAUCGGCCCCAUGAGCCUGUGUGCAUCUCAGCCUCGUCUCAAGGAGGUGAUACCUUGUCUCCCUGUCUCCCUCUGUCUCUGUCCUUUCCUGGCCAGGGACGUGCCUUCUGGUCCUGUGGUGGGAAGGCCUCCAAAUUUCAGCCACCUCAUUCCAUCUGCUGUCCUCACUCUCCCCAACACGACCCUUUGGGCCCUGCCCCCUCUAGCCUUGAUGUCCUUCCUUCACCCCGUCUGCGCAGUCCCUGCACACCUCCACCCCAUCCAGUACAGGUCUGUGGAGAGAGGAAAAAACAACACCUUAA